AUUUCAACUUUGCAAGCAAUGUCAUCGUAUACACACUUGGGAUUGUUGUUCCUCCCGCUGCUGCUGUUGCUGUUGCAGUCGGGUGAACUGUUGGCCUGGCAGGAUUACAAGGAUUACAGGGUCUUUGAGCUGCAGCCGCACAGUGAAGCACAACUGAAACUGUUGCAGCAACUGGCGCAAGCGAAACCACAUUGGGAAUUUCUGGGCUCACGUCGCAGUCAUAAUGAGACCGGAUUGCGUGUUCUGGUGUCGCCCACACAAGCCGGAAGUUUGUUGACGCUGCUGAAACAGCAUCAAGUGGAAUAUCAACUUAUCUUGGAUGACAUCUCCGUAGUGCUGUGCCUGCAGCGGGAGGAGAAUCAACGCAGCAAGUUACGUUUACAGUUGCCACAAAUCGAUGUGAUGGGCGCAUUUUAUACACACGCCGAGAUCAAUGAGUAUCUCGAUAGUUUGCCACAACGUUAUCCACAGCGUGCGUUGCUCAAAACGUUUGGCUGGAGCUACGAGCGGCGUCCGCUCAAGUUGCUAACUAUCAACAAUGGCGAUGGACGCACAAAUAAACCUGUGAUCUUCAUAGAUGCUGCAAUGCAUGCCAGAGAAUGGAUUGCGCCCUCUUUCGCUUUGUAUAUCAUUGAGGAGUUGUUGACUAAGCCCGAGGAACAUGCAGAGCUACUCAAGGAUUAUGAUUGGGUCAUCAUGCCAGUGGUGAAUGCAGAUGGUUAUGAGUUUACUCACACGGACUCACGUUAUUGGCGCAAGACGCGCAAACCCACUUGGGAUCCCGAGAGCAUUGGCACCGAUCUGAAUCGUAACUUUGGCUAUAUGUGGGGACGGGACGAUGGUUCCUCGGCUGAUCCUGCAGAAGAAAUCUAUCGCGGGGAGUACGCCUUUGAUCAGCCUGAAUCACAGGUGGUGCGCGAUGUGCUGCUUCAUUACAGCGAUCGCUUGCAUUUCUAUCUCUCACUGCACUCCUAUGGCAACUACUUGCUGCUGCCCUGGGGACAUACUAGCGACUUUCCUGCUAAUUACUAUGAUAUGCUCGAGGUGGCCGAUGCGGGUGCCAUGGCCAUUGUCCAUGCCACCAAUGGCAUUUACAGCUAUGGCAGCGGCUAUUACCUGAUGUAUGCCACCUCCGGAGACUCAACAGACUACGCUGUGGGCGUGGCGAAUGCGAAAGUGGCCAUGACCAUGGAAUUACCCGCUGGCGGUUGGACGGGCUUCGAUCCGUGGGUGUCACAUAUAGAGGGCAUAGUCACCGAGAGUUGGGUGGGAGUGCGUGCUAUGGCCAUGGAGGUGAUAAGACGCUACGCUGAGCAAUCGUAAAUAAAGCAGGAUUAUUCCACAGAACUGUGCAUUGAUUUCAU